GAUAAUUUAAAUAUUAGUUUCGCACAAAAAUGCCCGCAGAAGAAGGAAAGAAUUCAAAAGAUUACAGGUUCCAAAUUAGGUCACUAGUGCUAAAUAACUUCAAAUCUUUCAAGGGAAGUCAUUAUAUUGGCCCUUUUACUGAAAAAUAUACUGCAAUUGUUGGACCAAAUGGAGGAGGAAAAUCCAGCGUUGUUGAUGCAAUAAUGUUUGCCCUUGGUGCAUCAGGCCCUCUCUAUGAUUACAAGGUCCUCGUACAUAAAUCUGACGGAGAGAGGCAUGACCAAGUACAUCGAGACAUGGAAGUCACUUUAGAAAUCUAUGAUGCUACUGAAAGAAAGCCAAUUAUGAUAAAAAGAGGCAUCAGAUCCUCAGGACACAUUGAGUUCUCAGUAGAUGGUGACUCAGUCUCGAGAAAAGAGUUCCAGCAGUUUGUUCAUAAGACUUUGAAUAUCCCUCUCCACUGUAUCGAGUCAAUAUUAUAAGCCAGCAAGGACGACUAGAAACUACUCCUAUCAUUCGUGGUGGAAUGGAGCUCACCAAGUACCUUGAGAAGAUCUCUGGCUCCUACGAGUACAAGAGGGAGUACGAGGAAGUUGAAGAGAAGACAAACAACACAAAGCAAGCCACCUUCGAAAUAUCCAAAAGGCUUUAUGAUAUUCGCAAGCAACGCAAUAAGCUUAAGCAGAUUGAGAGUUACGUAAAUGUUAAGGAAUCCACAGCUGUGAUUGAGGAAAGAGAAACUGUUGCUGAACAAAUUGAGGACUGAGAGUUACUAUUAACUCACAAAGAAAUCAAAGGGCUAAAAGAUGAGCUUUCAGUCAUCGACAAGUCUAUGAAUGAUUCAGUAGAGCACAAGGAUGGACAACAGAGCUCAAAAAUAAUCACUGCUAUCAGGAAGAUGCUACUUGACAAGAUCACCACCUCCAAGAACAUGAGGAUUCUUGAAGACAAGUAUAGAGAAAUUGAGAACAAGGCCACUUCUUUCCAGACUGAACUAGAGGCCAAAAUCAGUAAGAUCAAGCACAACACCUUGAAGCUUAAAGCCAUUGAUGGUUUGAUCGAGAAGCACAAUGCCAUUAUCAAGAGAAACAAGGAGAACAAGAGAGAACUCGAUACCAAAAUUGAGAAGCUGAAGUCAAGCCUCAUAGAGAUCGAGAAGAAAGAGGAAGAAAUGUUCAAAACUGAGGUUGGCAAGAAAGAUAAGAAGCUCAAGUCCAAAUAUUUUGAGAUUAAGGGCCAAGUUCAAGAGAAGACCGCUCAAAUGCAGUUUGACAUCUCAGCUGAAGCUAGGAUGCUUGAAAGGAUCAACAUGAUCAUCAUGAUGAAGAACUCUAAAUGUGAGGACAUGAAGAGGAAAAUCCAGGAAAUAGACUUCAAACUCAACAAUACUGUAGAGAACCAGAGGGAAGAAUACAAGGCUAUUGAGAAGUUAAAAGGUGAUCUCACAGAACUUACUAUUAGCGUCAACCAGGAUAAAAAUACUAAGGACGAACAAGCCACUGCUCUGAUGAAUCUAGAGAAGCAGAGUUUAAUCCUGAAAGGAGAAGUCUUGACAUUUGAGGAAGAAAAGCAGACUAGAAAAGAGGAAAGAAGGAUUAAAGAAGCUCUCGAGCAGUUGAGAAAGGAUGAAAAAGGCUAUUAUGGCUUCUUCUAUGAACUCGUCAACCCAAUCCAGAGCAAAUAUCAGAUUGCAAUCAAGGUAGCUCUUCAAAGUGCCUUAAGGCUACUUGUAGUGGAUACAGUAGAAACUUCAAAAAGAGUUGAUCAGUAUCUUACUGAAAAGGGGCUUUAUUUAGAGUGAUUAAUUCUGAACAGGAUUCCUCAAGAAAAUCAAUUCAACAAUAUCCACUCUAAAAGAAGAAAACUUGAAGGAAGAGGACACAUGAUUGUUGAUGUUGUAGACUGAGAUAAGAACAUCGAAGGCCUUGAGAAUGCUCUCAAAUACUUCUGUGGAGACAAGGUAGUCUGACUAGAGAACAUGGGUGGGUGUACAGACGCCCUCAACCUCAGUCAAAAAGGGUUCAAAAGAGUCAUCACUCUUGACGGAACCUCCCUCUCUAAUGGAAUGUUCAAAGGCGGACAUCACUCGAAUAUCUUCGAUAAGGACCUGGGUAAGCCCAAGCAUGAUAAGGAGCUGAAACUCAAAAAGGAAAAGUUAGCAGAGAUCCUUGAGAAAAUUCACAGAACUAAGGAAGAGAAGGGCAGCAUUGAAGAGAGCAUCAUCUUGGGCACAAAAGAAAUGAUAUCCAAGGAAACACAGAUCAAAAUUCUUGAAGAAGGUCUUGAGAGCCAAAGAAAAGUUGAUACCGAUAGAGAAUUCAACGCAAAGAAGCUCAAUGAUGAACUUGAAGUUCUCACUGCUGAACUCAAGGAGAACAUCGCUGAAAGAAAGGAGAGAAUCAAAAGAUUGAACUCUUUACAAAAGGAUCUACACAAGAUUGAGUCACAAGCAUUUGCUGACUUCUGUGAUCAAAAUGGGUUCAAAGAUAUCGGUGAGUUUGAAGGUGUCAAUAUCAAAAUUUUUGAGGAGAACUCUAGGCAAAAGCAGAGCUUACUCGAAAACAUCAGUAAGAUACAGCUCCAGAUUGAGCAGCUUGGAAUCGAACAGUCUAACCAAGCCAAUGAGGUACUCUCAAAAGAGAAAGAAGAGAUCAAUAGAGCACUAGAGAAAGACCAGAAUGAGAAAGAUGAAAUCGAGCAGAGAAUGGGAGAUAUCAAGGAAAGUUUUGAUGAUACUCAGAAGGAACUUCAGGAGGGUAAAAAGGCCUUUGAGAAUGAAGAACGGAAUCUAGAGAAAGCCCAAAAUGAGCUUGAGAGCGUCAAAAAGAGGACCCAAGAACUUUCCAAGAUCUUUAAUGAGACUAAGUAUAAACUGAGAUCUGCGUAUUUCAAGUUCCUUAAGCAAUUAGUCAUUAAAGGAUCUAUCACAGAUAAAAAGGCUGAGAGAGCUUUUAAGAAGGUUGAACUAGAGUCUUCAGUGAAAUCAUUCUUGAAGAGUAUCGAAGAGCUCGACUAUGAAAUCUCUUCAGGAGUUAACAUAGAUUUCGACAGAUCGAGUGAAAAUGUAAUAAAGACUAGGAUUGCAGAGCUUAAAAAGGAUCUCCAAGCCAAAGAAAAAUCAAUCGAAGAUUAUGAAAGGGUAUCCAUGCUUGCUCCAGAAUGCAAGAGAGAACUUGGAGAACUCAAAGACAGAAUCACAGAACUCAGAUCUAAGAAUGAUGAGGAAGAGCAAGGAGGAAAAGAAAGCUUAGAUAGACUUAGAGAGCUAAGAAACCUCAGAACAGUAACUUUGCAAGACAUUAUUUCCAUGCUUGACAGAAGAGUUAGCCCUAUUUAUCAAUACCUUACUAAAAAGAAUGAGAUGGUAUUUGGAACAUCUACAAUUAUGGUAGAAAACAAGCAGGAUCCAUUUAACGGAUCAAUCAACUUUAUUGCCAAUCCUCCUGGGAAAAGAAAUGUCUAUGAUAUCCAGCAGCUCUCUUCUGGUGAGAAGACAAUGGCCUUACUCAGUUUCAUUUUUGCCUUGAUUAAGUACCAAGAUCUUCCGUUCAUAAUUUUUGAUGAGGCUGAUGCUCACUUAGAUGACAAUCAUAUUGGAAGAGUUGUAGAAUAUAUCAAGACAAGGCUUCAAAAGCAAUGCAUCUUUGUCAGCCACAAAAGCUUGACCAUAGAGUCAUCUGAUUCUCUAAUUGGUAUUACUUUUGACAUCAGCCAAAGAACUAGCCAAGCAUUUAGUCUUGAUCUAAGAGAAUAA